AUGAGACAGGAACGGAUUCCACCGCCUGAUUUACCAUCGCCAGAUUCAGACGGCUUUUAUACCUUUUCUACCAUCCCCUUGGGUAUGGUGCAAGGAUGGUACUAUCUCCCCUACCGACUCGAUCCGUCCCAGCUGGCCCUUGCGCGCGGGAUAACCUCCAUGGCUGCACUAACUGUUGUGCUCCUUAUAUUCUUUUUCAUUGUCACUCGGAGCGUAGCGUGGACGCCCGCCAAAUACUUUAUCCUCAACAUCCUCCUCAUUGAUUUCGUACAAUGUGUGUUCAACGCAUUUUGGAUCUUGGGUACACCUUCGGUAUUUGGUUACCACCUCGGCACCUACUACGCAUGUCAAGUGUCGGGAUACUUUUCCGCGGCGUGGGGUGUCCAUGGGCAGAGCUCCAUGUUUUGCUUUAUGCUGGAGAGAUACCUGGUUAUUGUAAGGCGCGUGGAUAUAACGAGGGCGCAAGCAAAGUGGGUGAGCGGGGCGGUCUGGGCUGCGGCCCUGUUUAUUGGGGGCCUCCCGUUUAUGCUUGGGAGGAGGGCUUCGGUAAAUCCCUCUGGGCUGUAUUGUACUCCUCCUUGGAGCACGGGAGGAACCUGGGAAGGUAUCAUUCUGGGCUUGCUGGGUGUCGGCUUCAUCUCCCUCAAUGUCUUUGGCAUCGCCAUCAUGUACCACCAGAUCUACACUACGUUUGUGCAGACCUCCAAAACGGUAGAAAAAGCCAUGGAAGCCGGAAAGGAUCACAGCACGACCAAAAACGAUCAAGUACCCGCGACUCCCAAUAACACGACCACAUCAGAGAGCAAGUACAGUCCCACCAAAACCUUCAUGUCGCAAGUCCAACAGGCCCGCAAAGGCGCCAAUGCCCGAUUCAAGAAGGAUUCAGAUGAAAUCGCCUUUCGAUUGGCGAGACAGGCGCUGAGUUACAUUAUUGCCUAUCUGUCCUGUAUGUUACCCAUCUACAUCUGCAUUGGACACCAUUUGUUUGUGCAAAUGCCCCCUCCAGCGUGGUUGGAGCGUAUUGCAUAUGUCAUGGUACACGCAUAUACCUUGGCGAAUCCUAUGCUGCUACUUUGUUUGAAUCCUACCUACCGAGGCGCGAUGAAGGGGACAGUAGGAGAGUGGAGAGAUACAUUGAGGUCGCGGGUUGGAAAGUAG